UGGACUUGUAUGUCAUUUUUGUCAACUGCCAGGCUACUUUAUACGCGAGUGUCCUUUCCGUAACCAGCCGAAUGGAGUUGAAAUGGAGGCCAGUAUCCGAAAUGAAAGAUCGGGAGACAAUCCUUCUUCUUCUUCUGCCAGUGGUGGCAUUCUCCCUGCUCCCGCACAAGGUUUUGUUACUUCUAAUGCUAUUGUUCCCUAUCAAGCUCCGCCGAAUAGGAGCUAUGGAGCAGCAAAUGGGCAGUCUAACUCCAACUACAACAACGGAGGCAAUUACUACGGCAGAGGAGCGUGAGCAGCGAAAGAGGGAGACCGCUCAACUGGCUUCUUUGGAGGAAGAAAAGAAGCGAAACCUGGCCGAGGAGGCCAAACGUGCGGAGGAGAAGAAGGCGAGAGAAUCGCAGGAGGCAAGGCUGGGGCACAUUGUGCGCUCCAGCAUGAAGGUAGUGUGUGAGUCGGCGCUGGGUAGGAAGGUCGAUCUUCCGGGAGAUGAGGAAUCUGAGGUUAGUAAGCUUCGAAAGGAAUUAGACGAGUUGAAGUCCAAAUGUGGAGGCAAUGUGGCUUCAUCAUCCUCUUCCAGCUUGGAGGUCCUAAGGAAAGAAAAGGAGGCCUUGCUUAAGGUGCAUGAUCAGAGCAGCGAGGAGCAGCGGUUACGGAAGGAGAUCGAGGAUCUGAAGGCUAAGAUCAACGGUCAUCAACCUGACAAGAGUCAGGAUGAAGUUCUGACUCUCAAACUCCAGGUGGCUGAGUUGGAACGGUUUCGUAAAGCGCUUGAGGAGAAGAGUUCUGAGGUUGCGACUUUGAAGGCUAAAAAUCUGCAUCUCCACGGUGAAUUCAAGGAGUUGCGUGAGGAGAUUAGCACUAUGCGUGAGGGGUGCAACCGCGCUGCCACCGGUGUUGUCGAAACCAGUCCUGUUGAAGCCCCGUCACGUGGCAAAGUCCGUAUUGACGACCAGCCACAAGCCAUGUACACUCCUAAAGAUCUUGAAGCUCUUCAGAAGGCGUACAAGAAUGCUUUGGUCGCCAAGGAGAUGGCUCUUCGUGAGGCUGAAGCUUGCAAGGAAAAAAUGGCUAGGAUGGGCGCUACCAAAUACCGCUUGUCAACGAGGAAGACCGCAUCAAGAAGGACGACUCCUAGGAACCUCAAAACAACCAUGAAUUUUGUCGAUGUUGCAUCUGAUGAGGAAAAGGAAGAGGGCGAGCCGAAGGAGGCCGAUAACGAGCGACCCUUGGCUGAUGUGGCGCACGAACUGGAGGUUGCAAUGAUGGCGAAGUUUCGUGAUAAGAGGCUGAAGGAAUUGCGAACAGGAAAGAAGGCAGAUCUUGAAAAAAAUUGUCUGGACGAAGGCAUUUCCUAUAUUAAGCUUGAUCAUGCCAAGGCAGAUGUUGCAGAGAUUAAGGCUCAACAAGAUUUUGACGAAUGGUUACUGGAGAAGAAAGCAAAUGGAGAAGAAGAUGAGGCGCCUCUGGAUUACGCCACCUCUACCGAAGACAUCCAUGAUGAGUGAGGAGGCGCCCUGAGUGCAUCAUAUCUUUGAAACU